AUGGCAUUGGGUGGACCUUCGAGUGGUCCUCGUUUUCCUUGGGAGACAAAUCCUUUCCUUCGAGAUGUCUUGGGCCCUCCAGAAGUUCCUUGGCUUAAACCCCCUGCCAUGAUGAGAAGUAUGAAUUAUGUGCCGUCGACUUUGCAGCCUGUUAGAGCAAAGAUGACUGUGCCUGAAAGGAAAGCUCAAGUCAGGCAUACAGUGCAUCAACAUGUCAGUCAAGCAGCUGAUCAAGCACGCAGCUCUUUGCUCUUGAAGUGGGCGGAACUGUUCAUGAUUAUGCCUGAAGACACACUUCCAGGAAAGAUGUUGCUGGAAUGUGCUGAUGAUGAGCUGAAGGUAAUGACAACCCUCAAUGACCUUUUCGUCACAAAGGCGACAUCUACACUCAGGACACGAGUAGGAUCACUGUGCAUGUACUAUGCAUGGCUUCUUCAUACUUAUCCUGAUGAGCCGGUAUAUCCCCUCACUGAGUCGAAGCUCUAUGCAUAUGCCUGUGAAUGUCGCCAGAUGGGCCAGUCUGCUUCAAGAGUGGAUACGCUUUUGGGCACCCUCAAGUAUGUGGGCGAGGCUUUCAAGUUUCCUGGAGCCAUUGACUCUGCAGGCUCCGAGCGUGUGAAAGGGGCCAGCCAUCAAAUGAUUUUGACUAGGCAACCACGUUCCCGGGCUGACAUGCUGGUUCCUACAAUGUUGUGCUGGCUGGAAAUUGCUUGUUUUAGUGUGGCAGACGACUAUGACAGGAUGAUCGCUGGUUUGUGCUUGUUUUGCUGCUAUGGGCGACUUCGCUGCAGUGACGCUAACAGAACCAGACAUGGGACUUUGAUUGGCCGCUUUUUCGAGGGCGCCUUGUCCAGGACAAAGACGGCCAAGAGCAAGGAGAAAGCCACGAGUUUCAUUCCUUUGGUUGUGCCGAGUUUUGGAUUGCUGGGAAAACCCUGGUUUUUGGAGUUUGUCAAGGCUAGGAGCAAUCUGGGCUUGCGUGAUAUUCCUUCCUUGGAGAGCCAAGCGCAUGACCUGGACUUCGUUUUGGUUCCAGAGAAGGGCUCGCUGGGCUAUGAAACGCAGAAUCCCAUAGGCUCAGUUGAGCUUACAGAUCGACUGCUCAGCCUUUUGGGCAGCGGGUUCUCGCAGGAUGACUUGUAUGGCAUUCGAAGCCACUCGCUGAAAGCCACCCUCCUGGCAUGGAUGAACACUUGGGGUUGCGAUCUGACAACGAGCGAGCUUCUUGGCUAUCAUGUCAAUAAGGAGCAUUCAUCUGCGUUGAACUACAUUCGGGAUUGCCUGAGUGAACCUAUCAGGCGGCUUGUUGAUAUGAUGAAGCAAGUGCAUGACGGGGUCUAUGUGCCGGGGGCAGCCCGUGACAGCCUUUUUCCUCCGGCCUUGCAACGUAAACCCUUGACGCGGCAGUUUUUGGAAAAGACUGGUUUGGAUGUUUUGGAUGCAGCACGAAUUUUCCAAGAGGAUGCUUGGUUCCCUACGACAGCUGCCAUGCGGGAAGCUGAUGGGCGAUUUGUUGUGCUCAAGAGCCAAACCCCGUUCCCGGACGUGGGCCUGGUCGAGUAUCUCAAGCCCACUGAGGAGUUCCCAUUGAGAGGCUUGGCAUCGAGUGAUGACUUGGUCUCAGAUGAUAGUAGCAGCAGUGAUUCAAGUGACAGCACUGCAAAAUCAGAUUGUGAAUUCAGCCAUGCUUAUAUAGAUGCAUACCAUGAAGGUAGUGCUGGUGGUCUUAGGGGUCGUGCCAUUCCAGCUGAGAAGAGUGCGAUGGUGCCACGUGGGAAGUCCACGGAAUCUGCAGCAAGAUUCGAUCAGGUAAACAUGUUGGACUCAUCAGCUGUGUUUGAGUCCAGAGCUGAACAGAUCGGUGUGCUGCCCGAUGAGCUUCGGCGCAUCAAGGAAGCCAAUGUGAACACCUUUGGCAAAUUUGCAUUCGCAGCAAACUACACACCGGGACAAGCUGAUGAGCAGCCACUCAUGUUGCUGAUCAGCCGUGUUUGUGAUGCUGAUCCUCCUCCAUCUGAGAGAGUCCCUUUAGUGAGGAGGCUAUUCUAUGAAAGUUACACUCUGGCCAAUGCUGAUCUGAGGUCUCGCAUCGAACAGCGAGAGGGUGAUCCGCCAAGACGCCUUGCGCAAGCUGAGAGGGCCUCUCGUUAUGCAGACCAGGUGGCUAGGCUGUCAGGCUUAGACCUGACGGGUGAGCUCGAACCCUCACAUGGGCUCAUUGAUGUAGUGUUUCAGAUGGUGGAGGAGAAUCAGAUGAGAUACAUACGGUGGGAGCAGUGCACCAAAAGAGAUCAAGAGCUGAUGGGUAUCAAGGUUGACCCUACAUGGAAGCCUGACUCCCAAGGCAUCAUUCGCCAGGUCAAAGUGGAGUCAGAGAUCAAGGCGGACACUUCGUCUGACUUGAGACUCCGCUAUGCACUUCAGCGCCGUAGUUUAGCCAUUGAUCAAAGUCGCCUCUGCAACUACGACAAGUUGGAGAAAUGGAGCAACAUUCUCCUGGAGGCUUACUCCAAGACGCCGAUUGCAGGGUACCAGAAGGUGAGCAUUGAGCAGAUCCAGCAAGCAGAUUUGGAACUCUGGAAGCUGGUCAUCAAACAGACUCGUGCUGGUAUCCGUCCGGUGGGGGGCAAGAUGCCCGUUGAGGAGGCUGUUGAAUCAAUCAUCAAUUUGCCGGAGGUACGCCUUCACCUCCAGCCACUUCCUGCGGGCACCAAGCGCAAGCUCGAGAUGGAUGAUGAUACAAAGCCAUCUCAACCCAAAAGCAAGUCCUCCUCGGCUGACACUGAGCGCCUCAAGAAGACCAUUGAGAAUCUGCAGGGUCAAGUGCGUAACAUGCAGAAGGGCAGAGGCAAGGGAAAGAGCUCAGGGCGCAAAGGCAACCAAAGUUCCCGGUCGAUGAUUCGUAUGCCUGUGGAGCUCAUUGGGCAGAAUGCCAUGACCAAGGACAAUGAGCCCAUUUGCUUCAGCUUCAACUUGAGAGGCUGCAAGAACGCCUCAGCUGGAGGCAAAUGUGAGAAAGGCCGUCAUGUGUGCACUAAAUGUGGAGGUGCACACAGCCAGAACAACUGCGAGCAGCAGUGA